AUGUCGACCCUACCUAUCAACACGGUACCUAGAGACAAAGGUGUCAUUUACCAUAGUAUGAGUCUCUUCUAUAACAAGAUUCAUUCAAAGUCAAGAUAUAGACCACUACCUGAAAAGAGAGGAUUCCAAUUCAUGAAACUCCCUGCCGAAAUGCGAAACACGAUUUGGGGAUUGACAAUUGAACAACGACUAAUCGAAGUCCGAUUCACACAGUAUGAGCAGCUACACAACCAUGUCACCCAUGAUUUUGUUGCAGACGUUCCAAUAGCCCUACAUAUUUGCCAAGAAUCGAGAAAUUUCGCACUGGGGCAUUAUGAGCUCACGUUCGAUCAUGAUGGAGCUUUUGCCCCUGUCUACUUCAAUUUCAAACUAGACAUCCUCUAUCCUCGUGCUAGCUGUAGCAAAGAGCAGCUUCGUUUUUUGGCCAAUAACAUGGACAAAAAAGACUGCGACAGAGUUACUUAUCUUGCAAUGUACAACGAGCACCUUGAACGAACUCGGUCAUUGAGUACCUGGAGGGCCUUACCUCUCCGUUUUCCCAAUCUUGAUGCAUUCAUCAUUUUGUUCAAGAGCUUUGUCGACCCCACGACGGUUGAUGAGGAGACCUUGCCUCCCUGCAAGUACGGUAGCGCCUAG